AUGCGCCUCCCCUACACCCCCAACCCCCCACAGCCCACCACCCCAGAAGAAGAAGCCAUCGUCGCCCGCAUCGCCGCGCGCCGCGCCCCUCGUCCCCUCCAACCCCUCGACCUAACCCUCCUACACUCGCCCCCCGUCGCAGACGGCUGGAACUCCUUCCUGGGCGCCAUCCGCACCAAGACCGACUCUGUCCCUGCCGAUCUGCGCGAGCUGGCGAUUUCGCGCGUGGCUGUGGUCAAUGGUGCGUGGUAUGAGUGGGCGCAUCAUGCGCCGUUGGCGGUGGAGGCUGGAGUCGGGGAGGAUGGGAUGGGGGUGGUGAAGCGGGAGGGGGAGUUGGUUUUGGGGCUGAAGGAAGGAGUAGAGGGGUUGAACGAGAAGCAAUGGGCUGUGGUGUGCUAUGCGGAUGAAAUGACGAGAAAUGUCAAGGUGAGGGAUGAGACGUUUGCGCGGAUGAGGGAGCUGUUUGGUGAGCGGGAGAUUGUGGAGAUUACGGCAACGGUCGCUGCGUACAAUUGCGUGAGCCGGUUCCUGGUGGCUCUGGAUGUUGGUGAGAAGAAUGCGCUGGGACCAGACGCGGCGCAUUAA